AUGGUCAUAGAGAGAGAUGCACGAGAAAUUGACGUGCCUAGCCACUUGUUGAGUUUUGCCAAGAUCGCUCCCCAACCAGAACCAGCUGUGGCCUGCCUGGGCAUCUACCGAAGGUGCUCCUGGGAGGACGUGAGAGCCGAGAGGAGAGACGCAGGAGGGUGGGUCCCGAUGGCCGACGUCCUGGACACUGGAGCGACGGGCGCCGGAACAGCCGGGGCGGCCACCGCCGCCGCCACAGCCGGUAACGUGGACUGGCAGAAGAGAUGCAUCACCCUGGAGAUGCAGCUGCUCAGGUUCCGGCUCCAGGCGGGGAAGAUUCGUGAGCUGCUCGCUGAAAAGAUGCAAGAGUUGGAGCAAAGAGUGACCGAAGCUGACCUGCGAGCAGAGACUGCAGAGAAACAGGUGCGCUUGAUGGAAGAGAAAUUGAAAUCGGCGAAUGUGCAGCCCAACGAAUCAGAGAACUCCCUAUGCCUGAGGCUUCAGGAACUCACCAAUCAGGUGCAAGAGAGGGAUGGAGUGAUCAAGCAGCUGGAGGCACAGCUGGAGAAGCAGAAUUUGCUUCGAGCCCAGGAGGCAAAGAUCAUCGAAGAAAAAGCCUCCAAAAUCAAAGACUGGGUGACUUUUAAGUUACGAGAAAUGGAGAUGGAGAACCAGCAGCUGAAGCUGGCCAACCUCAAGCAGGCCGAACAGAUCCUCAACCUCCAGGACAAAAUGCAAGUGCUGCAGGAGGGCCCCUACUCCCCCACGUCCCCCUUGUCACCCUUAUCACCUAGUUUUGAUGCCCACCUGGUGCCCUCCAGCCCACUCUACCCGCCCAGCUGCCCUGGCACACCGCCUGCUCUGGAGGACGGCUGGAGGCACGCCCCCUCAGCAGGCUCCGCUGAAGCAAAGAAGAAAGCCCUGGAGACGAUAGACAGCUCGUCCUCUGUCGACAAGAUGGCCGCGUCCAAGAUGGCGGAGGGUGCCACUCAGGGCCGAGGCCGAGGGGUCGUGGCGGGAGGCCUCAGUGUCCCUUCGGUCACCACCGCCAUGGGGGACCGGGACCACUCAUCAGACGAGCUCAACAGCAAGUUCCGCCUGCACCGCCUCCGAUCGUCCUCCUCCACCUCUUCCUCCUCGUCCUCCUCCUCCUCCUCGGCCUAUGAAAAUCCGCAGGCCUCCCUGCUGCUGCUUCCGCCUGCGGACGCCCCGGCGGUCGCCUCCGCCCUGGCCGGCGGCGGCGGCCCUCGCUCGCCCCUGGCGCCCUGCUUCUCGCUGCCCGCGGGCACCAGCAUGACCCUGCCCAAGGUGCGCACGCCGCUGAGCCCGCGCGACAGCAUCCAGCUGCUGAAGAAGCACCAGAGCCAGCCGCAGCCCGGCCUCGAGCGCUUCCACCACAUCAACGUCAGCAUCGACCUCGGCUGCGCCGGCCUGCCGCUGCUGGCCCGGAGCCUGUCCCAGGGGGGGCCCACGGCCGCGCUGGCCGCGCCGCAGGUGGAGGAGACGGACAUCGACGACGGCAUGGAGGGGGUGGAGGAGGGCGCCCAGGCCCAGGGCCAGGCCGACGGCGAUCAGCCCUGCGCCGGAGGAAUGCUGUCGAUGGGGCUGGUGAAGGAAUGCCUGGAUCCUGACGCGGUGAAGCCCCCAACGCCACCGUUACAUCGCUUCCCUGCUUGGGAGAGCCGUAUCUAUGCUGUGGCCAAGUCUGGUAUGAGGGUGUCUGAAGCCAGUCCUGGUGCCAAGGGCGCAGUGUCCAGCCUGUCCCAGUACCCCUCCGCUGGUCCAUUCACUCACCUCAUGUGUAAGAACAUUAGUGUUCCUGUCUUCACCACUCUUAAAGGGAAAGCCACACAGAUCAGCACUUCUCCUCUGGUGGAGGACGAUUCGGGCUCCGAGGAUGACACCAGCUCUCUGGGCUCCUUGCGGAGCUCCGUGCUGGGGCCCGACCGCAAGGGCAGCACUCCCAGCAGUCCCCGGGCCCUCAAGAGAGGGGUGUCGGUGUCGUCCAUCAGCUCAGAGAGUGACUAUGCCAUCCCCCCGGACGCUUGUUCUCUGGACAGCAACUACCUGGAGCCUGAACACAAAGUGCAGCGCACCUCCUCUUACUCCUGUGAAAGCACUGGACCGGAGAUGCUGGAGAAGUCGGGUUACCUGCUGAAGAUGGGCAGUCAGGUGAAGGCCUGGAAACGCCGCUGGUUCACCCUGCGGAAUGGAGAGAUCCUCUACUACAAAUCACCGAGUGAUGUCAUUCGGAAGCCCCAGGGACUCGUCGAGCUGAACGCCUCAUGUCGGAUUGCCCGCGGAGAGGGGGGGCAGACGUUCCAGCUCAUCACGGAGAAGAAGACCUUCUACCUGACAGCUGACUCCCCCAACAUUCUGGAGGAGUGGAUCCGGGUGCUGCAGAAUGUGCUCAAAGUCCAGGCCACCACUCCGGUUUCCAUGGAGACCGCCGUCAAGCCGACUGUACGAGGCUGGCUGACAAAGGUCAAACAUGGCCACUCUAAGCUGGUGUGGUGUGCUCUCAUUGGGAAGGUCUUCCAUUACUACCGCAACCAGGAUGAUAAGUUUCCUCUAGGUCAGCUGCGCAUGCGUGAAGCGAGGGUUGAGGAGGUGGACAGGUCGUGUGACUCGGACGAGGACUAUGAGGUCGGGGGACGUGGUUUCCUGUCGUCCCACUGCACACUGGUGGUCUACCCCAAAGACCAGAGCCCCACGUACAUGCUGAUAGGAACCAAGCAGGAGAAGGACACCUGGCUGUACCACCUGACCGUGGCGGCGGGCAGCAGUGCCAGUCUGAAGGUUGGCACAGAGUACGAGAGGCUGAUUGGCAAACUCCUGGACAUGGAUGGGGACCCUGACUCGGAGCUGUGGAAGCAUCCGGUGUUGUGCUUCAGCAAAGACGGCCUGCGCUCCCCUCUCACCACGCUGCCCUCGGAAGCCCUGCAGACGGAAGCGCUCAAACUCUUUAAGUCUUGUCAACUGUUCAUUAAUGUGUUGGUCGAGUCGCCCUCCAUCGACUACCACACGUCACUGGCCCAGAACGCACUGAAGGUGUGCCUGACUCACCCCGAGCUGCAGAACGAGAUGUAUUGCCAGCUGAUCAAGCAGACCAACUGUCGCACUCCCAACAACUACUCCCUCACACAGUGUUGGCAGCUGCUGUCGGUGUGUGUGGCCCUCUUCCUGCCACAGCAACACGUCCUCUGGUACCUGAAACAGCAUCUUCAUCGCCAUGCCGACCCCAGGACUGAGGUGGGGAAGUAUUCUGUGUAUUGCCAGCGGUCAGUGGAGAGGACUCAACAGAAUGGGGAGCGUGAGGCCAAACCGUCCCGCAUGGAGAUCCUGUCUAUCCUGCUGAGAAACCCCUACCACCACUCUCUGCCCUUCAGCAUCCCAGUGCACUUCCUCAACAGCACCUACCAGGUCGUGGGCUUUGAUGGCUCCACCACGGUGGAGGAGUUUGUGCGGAUGCUGAACCAGAGAGCAGGGAUGAGAAGCACUCAGCUGUCUGGCUUCGCCCUCUUCACCGACGACCCCUCAGGCUCUGAGCUGGAGCACUGCUUACAGCCCCACGCAAAGAUCUGUGACAUAAUUUCAAAAUGGGAGCAGGCGUUGAAAGAACUGAACCUUGGGAAAUAUGAGGGAACGCGCAUUGUCCGUCUUACGUACAAGAGCAGACUGUGCUUCCGGGCCCAGGCCAAGGGGGAAGUGGAGCGAGAGCGCCUCCUGCUGGCCUACCAGGUGAAUGAGGAGGUGCAGCAGGGCCACUUCCCCGUCAACAAGGAGCUUGCUCUGGAGGUGGCUGCCCUCAUGGCACAGGUAGAGUAUGGUGAUGUGGCCUCCUCCUCCUCCUCCAGCUCCAGCGGGUCGGUCCAGCCCAAGGGCCAGCAGCUGGUGUCUCAGGCGCUGGAGCGCUUCUACCCCAAACGCUACAAACAGGACCUCAGUCUGGAGCAGCUCAGGGAGCUGUGUGACAGACUGUCCAGCAAGUGGACCCUGCUGAGGGGAUGCAGCGCGGCAGAGUGCGUCAGGAUCUAUCUGACCGUGGCUCGGAAAUGGCCUCUGUUUGGAGCCAAGCUCUUCAGCGCUAAGCCAGUGCUUCCCUCAUCAAUAGACCAGUCACAAGUCUGGCUGGCUGUCAACGAAGAUGGCUUGAGUGUUUUGGACUACACAAUGCACCUGCAGGUUACACACCCCUAUCAGUCCAUCAUCACGUUCGGAGGUUUCCGUGACGACUUCAUGGUGGUGGUGAGCCAGACCAAGGACCAGGCGCAGGGGAAGAAGACUGUGGACAAGUUCAUCUUUGCCAUGAGUAAACCUAAGAUCCUGGAGCUGACCCUGCUGAUGGCCAGUUAUAUCAACUACUGGAGCUCGGCUCCCCCCUCCACGUCCAGCUCCACCCCCGGAGGGUCCCUGGGGCCUCGUUCAGACAGGAAGCUGUGGAACAUUGACAGCCGCCACUUCCCUGCCAUGACCUACAACACCAAAGGCCCCACGCUGCUGUGAGAAAACCGAGCGAAGCAGCGCCACCACGGCCAGAGAGAGAGAAAGAGAGAGAAAGUAAUGCAAACUACAGGGUACAGGUUUAGCAGUUUAUUAAUGUGCAAACCGUCUCUUUUUGAAGAAAACGCUUGAAUUGUGACGUUCAUAGAAUCAGAACUGUCUUAAUGGAUUUUGUGUGUGUAUGCGAAAGCGUGGGGGUGGAUAUAUCGACGCUGAAGGAAUUCCUGUAAAAGUCCUCCAAAACUCUGUGAGAUAAGUACAGCCAAAAAGACACUACAGCACACUCCAAAGAUAUAGUUCAACACCAGCAAUCGCCUUCAUGUCAAGGUCAGCUGAACCAAGGAUGAUAAAACCACAAAGCAGGGUAAAAUGUUUUUUAAAAGAUACAAAAGGGCCUUGUAUAAAGAUAAUCAGAUACCAAAAAUACAAUAGCGCACUUGGAUCAGGACAUCCUUUUCAGCAAUUCUGUACAGGCUGUAAAUCAAAGAUUUCAUCAACAUUUCUCCCAUUUAGUUUUAGUGGUUAAGCCUGAUGUGGGCUUACCAUAUGCUGUUCAGAUCCAACUCCUUAUUCCAACUCCAACUCUUCUAACCAAUGUUGGGGCGUUGCAUACUAAUUAUUAAGUCAUAAAGCAGUCACUUAUCACAUUUUUAAGACAAGGAUUUUUUUAUUUGAUCAGUUAUUUUUGUGUUUCAUUAUAUUAUUAUGCAUUAUUCCCCAGUCCACGGUCCCACUGUCUGGUAAUUACAGUAAGUGACCAUCUCACACAGAUCUAUUCAUUUAUUUGAACAAUAUCUUGUUAACAAUAUCAUUAAAAUACAACAGGUAAUGCAACGGGUAGAUCCCUUGCUACACAUUUCUUUACGUAAAAUGUUCCAUAUCUCUGCAUGCAAGUAUGGAAAGAAACAAGAAUGCUGGAUUUGUCCAAUAAUGACCUUGAGAACAUAAACGGGCACAUUGUUGACUAUUCAGUACAAAAUGUGUGAGAGAUGGCUGAUAAUGCCAUUGUCAUCAAACAAGUGGUGAUUAUUCACAGACUCAUCUAGGCACGGCUAUGUAGUCAUUGGCUUAUGUGUAGCACAUGAAUUCACAUUAAUACUGUCAUAAAGAGACCAUUUCUGAGAAUCACACAACACAUUUUUCUUGUAAACACACUUUGCCAUAAACACUGGCAUCCAUCUAAAGUCUAUCAGAAACACUGUGAGCUGCCUUUGUAGACGGUACUAGAAGAGUAAUUCAACUUUGUGUAGAGGAACCUGGGACAUGGGAAUAGAGGUGUGUGUGUGUACGUUGUUUUGUUGUUCAACAUGGCCUUUUGUAGGAGGUAAAUAUUGAUUUUCUUUUUUUGAGGGUGGUGGAGUCAGAUCUUCUUUGGACCACUUUGUGUUGUCUUGAACAAGGUCCACACAACGUGGAACUAUGUUGUUGUACAUUUCUGUUUAUACAUACUACACUCAAAUAGUAAAGAGUGAAGGUAUGGAGAACUUAAAACCUAGAAGCAGAUGUUUCUCUCAGCUUCCCACUAAUGGCUUGAGAAGUGUAGGAAAACCAGUAUCUGUUUAUAACUGUUGAAAAAAAAAUGUGUUAUUCAGUACAUCUAGGGACCUACUACAAUUUGCCACUGUAAACAUAGUCAAACCAAGCUAAAUACUACUGGUCAGACCAGGAAAUGUUGUCCAAGAUAAAAAAAAAAAAAAAAACUUUAAAGGCAGCCUCAGGUCACCUUUCUAGACAGAAUGUGCUGUUUUCAAACGACUGCAGACUUGUGACCGCUUUGUGCACUUUGUUUGAUCACAAAAGGGUGAUUUUUUAUUAUUAUUUCUACAUCUCAGAUCUUGCAUCAGUCUGACAGGCUGGAUACUGACUGACGUGUUCAUUCACUGAGCAAUUCUGACUUCAAAGAGCUAUAACAUAUACGGUGCAAAAACAGGAAUUACAAGCCUGCAUUGCGGCUGAGCGAUAGGCAGAACACCAGAUAAGUUAGUGUAUGUGAAUCUAUAAGCAGUGCUGUAAUUGCUUCAGAGCAUUUAAAACAUGCUUCAUCUGAGCCAGUCUAAAGGGAAAAAAACACAUUUUGAAUAAUUAUCGAUAGACAACUGGGGGAAAAUCAUUUUUUUUUGUCAAAACAGGAACUUGCGAAUGGCACCGUAAUUAGAUUCUGUGAUGACUGGGAGCUUGGGAGACCAAACCAAUCCACUUCAGAGAAUCAGUGUGUAAGUGCUAGUUUCCUGUCUCUCAUAAACUAUACAUCACAAGGCUGCAGGAACAUAGAUUCACCAAAACACUGCCAUGAAAACGGUACCAGUGACUUGAAUUAUAUCUGGAUCAAACCACUGUCUUUGUCAUUUGUUAUUGAGCUAUUUAUUUGUAUGCCUGUUGUUGUCUUAGUUGAGUUCUGAUGUGUUAGGCCAAAUCAUUACGUAGAAAUAUUUGUUUAAAAAGGGAUGAUUAGGAUAUGGGUUGUUUUGAAUGAGUAUAUAUUGCUCUAAAUUUGAUAGCAAAUGUAAUACAUUUUUACAAUAUUAGAUGCUAUGACACAAACUGUGUAAAGGUAGUGUGUGUGGUGGUGUUGAUAAUAAACGGUUCAGUUCUAA